GUUUUUGUUGUUUUUUAUUACUUGCCCUAAAGAAAAGUCAUCAUUAUAUUUAUUUUUAAUAUACAGUUUUAUAUCUAAUCUACAAUCAUGUCGGAUGACUCCAAUAAUAAUCCAAAACAUAUGCCAAUUGAAGAAUCAAUACUAUCGGCACAAAAGAUCUAUCUAGAUACAAUUCAAACAAAUGACAUUUGCAAAGGAUUGGCCGAAUUAGAGCCUCAUGUGAGCAAGAGCAUUUAUCAUAGUUUUCUCAAAUGUGUUGGCCUUAUUAUCAUUGCGUUUUCAUCAAUGAGCAAGGAGGAUAUUGAUAAAGCGCAUGAAAGUUUAACAGUGUUGGCCAAACAGACCAAUAAGAUCCGCAAACAUGGCAUUUUGAUUAGUGCACUGAAAAUUGUCAAAACACCCAACUAUAACAAAUACACCGACUUGGAGUUGCAUGCUGAAUUGUUGCAUACAUUCUACCUGUCCAUGAGUGCACUCAUAUGCGGUAUGGAAACGCAUAACAUCUACGGACUCAUUAAAGUUGCCUAUCGUUUGCAAAAGUUUAUCAAAAACUUUAAGGGCUGUCGUGUGAUACUGAAGAAGAGGAAACAAUGGGAGAACGAGACGUCGAGACAGAACUUCGAGGCCGGCGUGCGGUUCGCCAAUGGGCUCAAGAAUCUGGCCAUCAGUCAAAUACCACCAAAGAUCCUGAGAAUAAUCAACAUUUUGGGCUAUAAGGGACAGGAGAGUGUGGGUCUGGAGGAGUUGAACAAGGCCGCUUUCGAGUUGCCCGGUAUGAACGCCCGGUUCGCCCGUACGUUCUUCAUUGUGUACUGGCUUUACGGCAAAUCUCACGGCGGGUUAGGACUCAACAAAGACAUGAAACACUGCGAAGAGGUUAUUCGCAAAGAGCUCGGCGAACACCCAAAGAGCAUCGUGUACCUGGGUGCCCUGGCCAAACUGGAACAAGUGAAGGGCAAUUUGGACACAUCCAUAGCCAUGAAUGAGGAGCUGCUGAAGAAUGAAUAUACGGCUUUCCAUAAGGCGGUCCACUUUGAGCUAAUGUUUUCUCACGCGCUUAAGUCUGAUUGGGACGCGUGUAUCAAAUACGCGGAACUCGUGCGCAAAGGCACUGAACACUCGCCCACUUAUACCACU